GCGACACAAAAAGCAGAUCAGGUGCUUUGGGAUGUCACGGGCCUAAAUCUUAGCAACUCUGAAAUGUUCCAGGUCAAUAACUAUGGGAUUGGAGGAUCGUUUAUGCGCCACAGUGACCUUUUGCAACUCGAAAGAAAUUAUCUGGUGAGAGAACGCAUUGCCACGGCCAUAUUUUACCUAAGCGAUGUGCCCCAGGGCGGCGCCACCUUGUUCACAGAGCUGAAUGUGACCAUAUUCCCCCAGGCAGGAACUGUUCUUUUCUGGUACAACCUGGCCCAUUCCGGAGAUCACGAUAUGAGAACACGCCACACAGGUUGCCCCGUCAUCGUGGGUUCCAAGUGGAUGAUGACCCGCUGGAUAUAUGACGAUGGUCAGGCGUUCACCAAGCCCUGCCACACGAAACUAAAAAGCCCCAUGGUUAUGGCCUAAGCGGAGAUAAUGUGCCAAUAAAUUGGAUUACUCUACAAAA